AUGGAGCAUAUUGAUUAUAAGAUGAUCUUGGUUGACGCGCUGAAUAUUCCUGGUUGCUGUCCUGCAACUGACCGGCCUAUUCUAAACCCAAAUAUUGAUGAGGCUAGGCUCGAGAGGCUGUAUGAUCAGGCUGCAAAAAUUCUACUUGAGCUUUCCAAGAUGGAGUUUCCGCUGAUAGGUGCUCUUGAGGAGACUAAAGAAGGGUCCUGGGAGGUCACACGCCGCCCCCUCUCACUAGAUAUGAAUGAACUGGUGAGGACUGGGACCUUGCCGCAAAACAAGUUGCCUGCUGCCACCUUUAACAGCUCUUCUGAAUAUCUCCAGAGCCUAGCAACUCUUCACGUCCAUCAUCUUGCUCACCAGCGAAACGGCGCGGUCGAGUCCAAGGUCGACUGCCAACGCAAAUAUGUGGCUAGACACUUGUUUCAAAAGCUUGCUAGCGAAAAGAGACUUUUAUCUGGCAAGUACGACAAGGGACCCUUUAAACUGUGGUGUGAUGACUUGCGGCAAUCCAAUAUUCUACUCGACGCCAAUUUACAAAUCAACGGCGUCAUUGACUGGGAGUUUAGCUAUGCCGCGCCAAACGAGUUUACGUUUGCUCCUCCGUGGUGGCUGCUUCUUGAGCAGCCCGAACAUUGGAGGCAAGGCCUUGACGACUGGAGCGAAAAGUACGAAGCCCGCCUGACGACAUUUCUCAGGGCCAUGGCCGAUUGCGAGGACGCCAUGAUUGCCUCUGGCCAGUUGCAAGAGGGCGGCGAGUGA